GACAAUGGAUAAAAAUGAUUGAGAAUUGUUUACUUGAAUGAAGGUAUAUUUCAUUGUUGAACAAUUGAAUAAUAUAAAGUUGUAAAUUGAUGGCAUCCAGAAUAUGAUUUACAGCUUAUCUUGUUGAGAUCACAUAAGCGUUAUUGUAUACGGCCGGCCACAAUGGACAAACUUCAUCUCAAUGCUACUCCUAUAAUUUCAACGGAGGAGACCAGAGAGACAAAGAGACAGAGAAGAUGAGCGGAGGGGGAAGAGUGGUGUGCGUGACGGGAGCCUCCGGCUUCAUAGCCUCAUGGCUGGUGAAGCUAUUGCUGCAGCGUGGUUAUACUGUUAAAGCAACUGUUCGCAACCUCAAUGAUCCAAAGAAAGUAGUCCACCUAAAGGCACUCGAAGGAGCAGACGAAAGGUUACACUUGGUCCAGGCCGACUUAAUUGAAGAUGGAUCGUUUGAUUCGGUGGUUGAUGGUUGUGAAGGUGUAUUUCAUACAGCUUCACCUGUUUUGUUUUCAACAUCAGACCCACAGGCAGAACUGAUAGAACCAGCAGUGAAAGGAACACUUAACAUCCUUAGAUCGUGCAGCAAAGUAACAUCUGUUAGGCGAGUGGUGGUGACAUCCUCUAUGGCUUCAGUUUUGUUCAAUGAUAUACCCAAAGGUCCUGAUGUUGUUGUUGAUGAAACAUGGUUUUCAGAUCCGGCGUUCUGUGAAGAAACCAAGUAUUGGUAUCCCCUUUCAAAGACCUUGGCAGAGAAAGCUGCUUGGAAAUUUGCUGAAGAAAAUGGCAUUGACUUGGUAGUAAUGCAGCCUGGCCUUGUGCUUGGUCCUCUGCUUCAGCCAACACUCAAUUGGAGUUCUGAGGCUAUCUUGGACAUGAUCAAAGGAAAGGAAGUGUUUCCAUCGUAUCGAUUCGUCGAUGUUAGAGAUGUUGCUUAUGCUCAUAUAAUGGCUUUUGAAAAUCCUUCAGCUAGCGGCAGAUACUGUUUGGUUGGAAAUACAUUAAGUCAUCCGAAAACUCUGCAGGUUCUGGAUAAGCUCUAUCCUUCCCUCAACAUUCCUGUGAUCAAUGCAACAGACAAUCCAAUUUACCAGGUCUCAAAGAAGAAAGCAGAGAGCUUGGGCAUCAAGUUCAUGCCUUUGGAGGUGAGCUUCAAGGAUACUUUUGAAAGCUUGAAGGAGAAAAACUUCCUCACUUUGUAAGACCAGAGUGGCCUUAUGUGGGCAAAUGUAAUACCCAUUGGCCCCAUUUAUAUUAAACUGUGAGAUGAUAAUUUAAGAUGUGGUUUACAUUGUGGAAUAAAAAUACUGGUGCAUGUGUGAUAAAUUUGUGAUGUAUUUAUUUCUUUUAUUAGUUGUUUUUAGAAUUAUGGAGUGAAUUUAGCAUAAUGUC